GUUGCUGCUUACCGCCUCCUGCUCCGUCUUCCUCCGCUCUGACUCUCCUUGCUUCCUGGUCGCCCAGCGAGGAAGAGCAGCGUUAGGGUACAGGGUUUGGUGCUAGGCAGGGGCAUGGAGGAGAGCGGAGCCGGAUCCCUGGAGGCGCGGCCCGGCGUCCUCCUCGUCGGCGCCCCCGGCGUGGGCAAGCGGACUAUCCUCUCCCGGUUGCUUGCGGCUGAGGUACCGGACACUCAUGACUUGUCGUCAGGUGUGCUGUGCCAGGGGUGGAAAAUUGACACCAAGUAUUACUCUGCUGAUCUUUCCAUUUGGACGGCGCAUCUCGAGGAAGGGUUUUCUGUUAGCUCGCUCCCUCAUCUAGACCAAUUGGCUGCUCUUAUCAUGGUCUUCGAUAUGAAUGAUGAAUCUUCCUUCCUUGCCCUCCGAAACUGGGUUGAGAAUAUUGAUAUUCAGAGGUUUGAAGUUCUCCUGUGCGUAGGAAACAAAGCAGAUCUUGUACCUGGACAUGCUGCGCAUGUAGAAUAUAGGAGGCGUAUGCAAAGGAUUGGCGAAUCCAGUGCUGAUCCGCAUCCUGAAUAUUUUGAUUUUGGGAUAAAUGAAAAUGAAGGUUGUGGCUUGUUAUCAGAGGAAGAACCGCGCAUAGAGAUCAGAGACUCCACUUCGCAAUGGUGCAUUGAGCAGAAUAUUGAGUAUAUCGAAGCUUGUGCUUCCAAUGCUGACUUUGACAAAUGCCUAUCAGUGGAUGGUGAUAGCCAAGGCGUAGAGCGACUCUUUGGAGCCCUUUCUGCACACAUGUGGCCUGGAAUGAUUCUAAAAUCUGGAAAUAAAAUAACUACUCCAUCCUUGAUCGAAAAAGAAGAAUCUACAGACGAUGAACUGAAUUAUGAAUUUGAUUACGAGGUCCUAUCCCAUGCAUCUGAUGAGCAAUGGGAAUUUGUUGGUGAAUCCAGUACAUCAAGAAGCUUGGAAGGAUUAAAUGAAGCUAAAGCUAUGCAGGAAAGCACGCAUGAAGAUGUGAAUGGCAGUGCUGAUUCUUCGUUAUCCAACCCUCUUCCAAAUGACAGAUCUACAGAAUCUGCUGAAGAAAAUCCUGUAGCUAAGGUCCACACAACUGAGGAUAGUAAUCAUGCGGAUGGUACUUCCGAGGACCAGCGAACUGCCACUCUUGAGGUUAACAAGCUACUUGAGGAUGAUCAUUAUGGCCUAGAUGAUCUGGAGCGACUAAUGUCAGAGAUUGGCAACAUGCGCUCCAACCUAAGGCUUGUUCCUGAUUUCCAAAGGAGAGAGAUGGCUGCCAAACUAGCCAUGAAAAUGGCAACCAUGUUCGGUGAUAGUGAUGACGAGGGCUUUCAUGCUACCUAAGUCAACUUCUUAUCUUCAUGGAAUUUCAGCAUAUGACAAUAUUGUCUGUAAAGGGAGAUUGACAUCAUGCAACACAGGGCGUUUUUUGAAUCAUGGUGCCAUUUCCCACCCAGGAAAUUUUGUACUUCUUCUAUAUAUUUAGUAAUUUACCUUCUUUGAGGUGUUCUACUGUUAUAGGAUAUGUUUUGGAUCAUUAUGAUUCUAUUUUUUAUUGAA